AAUUUUGAAAGUUUGAUGACCAACUUUGAUAAAGAAAUACUAGCUAUCAAAUUAAGUUAGAGAUUUCUGAGGUUUUUGCUGCAAAUAAAAGCUUAAAGAAUGGACCCAGUGUGUAACCAAGUCGACUAUGAGAGCAUUGAUGCCCCAAAACACUUCGUGGACUUUCAUAACCUGUCCAAUUUUGAAGACGACCAAGCAGACAAAUGGUUUGACAAUCACACAGAGGAUGUGUUUGAAGAUGCCUUCCUACCUCACUUGGAGACUCCUAACCUCAAGACUAGCAUGGUGAUCAAGACAGAGCCGGUAUCGACCACUAUGUCCACAGUGAAGGUUGAGGGGGGAACUCUAAACAGCCAGCUACGUGACGAGCUUCAGCAAGUAGAGAGACAAGAUGAACCCAAGGAUAGAGAGACGUUCUUGAUAUCCAAGACACCAACUAAAAAGCUUACACUAGGAGCUUACUCCCCUAGACCCCAGCCAAUCCCCCCAGUCAAGAAACACGUAGCCCCCCCACCCACAAUAAACCCUGGGCCUGUAACUGUGAAGAAAGAAGUUGGAUCUCCUGAGUUGACUAAGAGUAGCAGCAGUAGUAUUAAGGGGUCACCAUUGAAGGCUGGCGGUGUUAAGAAGGAUGUCCCCAUCAUCAAGCAGGCCAGCUUCAAACCCCAAGCCAAAUCUCAACGUGCUGCUGCCUUGAAGGCAGUCUCAUCCAUCCACUCCCUCCUCUCCCCCGCCCCCAGGGUCAAGAGGCCCACCCCACCACGCAAGACCACACCCAGGACCACACCCAAGACUGCGGAGAAGGAUCCUAGCACAUCAGAGUCUGUCAAGGAUAAGAAGCCACCAUCUGCCAAAAAACCCUCCUCUGCCAAGAAGACACACGAGCAGUUACAGAUGGACGAGGUGAAGAGACUCCAGAAUCAAACCAGACAGAGGCUGAAGGCAUCAAGGAGAUCGUUUGCCAGACUCUCCAAGACCAGUGGACCUGUCCAAGUGAAGGGAAAGCUGCCCACCACUGAGACUGUGGAGUUCCACUUCCAUCAGACCUCCAGAGAGAAGAAAGGUAUGGUUGUCAGGGGCGACGAGGCAGGGGGUGUGGCUUCACAGCAAUUUGUCAACUCACUGCGCUCCUCGCGAAGUGCUGACAACUUCAACCCCAACAUGGCACAGUCUUCUAGCACUCGACUUCCUACGCCACCUGCGGGUACAAAGGUCAAGCCAUUUAAAUUCCACCUUGAUCAACGCAAGCUAGGACACAGGUCCACGGACCCACAACCCAGCAGUGAUGGACCCAUUGUACCCGCAGCUGAGUUCAUGCUCAAGUACCAGAAGGCCACACCCCCUAGAUUCCGCCGUACCCUCAAGCGCCCCCUAGUACAGGAUAGCUUCCAUCCUACCCUCACUGUCCCACGCACUCCCAACCUCUCCACCAAGACAAGAACACGCCCGGUCACAGCUAAGAGCUCAGCAGAACUCGAGGAAGAGGAACUACAGGAAAGGAAACAGUAUGAGUUCAAGGCCAACCCGAUCAAUGCCGCUGUGUUUGACAUGGGUGGGUUGAUGGGUGUCCCCCGCCAGGUCCCCAGACAAUCCCUCAUGCCACCUGCCACUCCUGAACUGGCCACUAAGAAGAGAUGCCUCGAGCGUAAAGAGAGAGAGGACACAGGAGAUGUCAGUGCAGUGGCCUUCAUUGCCAACCCUAUGCCAGACUUCUCCAAAGUCACAGGUCUGCCUCCUAAGAAGGAACUGCCUGUGACAAACCCUGAGUCUCCCGCUAUCACUUUAAAGAGACGUCGUCUCCAUGACGAUGAGGAGGGGGACGGAAACGACGAGACAAAGAAGCCGCGUACUGAAGAGACUGGUUUUCAGUUCAAAGCUAAACCUGUACCUGACUUCAGUCAUUCAUUCAAGCCCCAGCACGAGGACAGUGUGCCCACACAGACCGAGCCAUUCAGCUUUGAGGAGAGGGACAAGGACAAACCAACCAGAGAGAGCUUUGUGGAAAUGAUCCUCAGAAAGUCUAGGCCCACCCCAUUCAAGGCUCAGGUCCUCCCAGACUUCAGUGGUGGUCCCACAGUGCCAGCUAAGAAGGAGAUCCUCCCCACUAGGCCCCAACCCUUCCACCUCCAGUCAGUAGUCAGGGCCAAUAAACAUGCCUCAGACUGGCAAGAGAAGCUUGACAGAGAGGAGAGUGAAGCACGAGCAGCCACGGUGUUCAAAGCAUCUGAGGCCACCGUACUUUACGAGAUACCGUUCAUGCCUCACCAGUCUGACAAGCCAGUCACAAACCCUGAUGAGUUCACUCUUAACACUGAAGUUCGUAGCACACAGAGAGCAGCCUUCGACGAGAAUCUACAGAAAGAGACGAAAAGAAAGGAAGAGGAUAACUUGAUUAGAAGGGCCCUCCACGAAAUUCAAGAAAAGAAGGAGUUGAGUGAUUACCGGAAGUCCCUGGUGCACAAGGCCCAGCCCAUCAAGCAGUACUCCAUGGUCAAGGUGACUCACAGUGACAAGCUGCCCACCAAGCCCAUCUCACCUAUCUUCCAACUAGACAAGAGAGUUAGAUAGUUCAUUGCUGACAUAUUGUUAUUAUUGCGCUUGUACGUGUACACUGUUUCCUAUACUCCACUGUCCAUUUGUCAUCACUGUCCUGGUCAAAUUUUAUAUAAUAGUCUACUAGUUCAUUUGCUACAUGUGAAUUUUAACAUUCAA